GAGAUGAGGGAUUUAGGAUGCCUUUGGUUCAGCCACGAAGAGUUUGGUUGGGUUAUAUAAUGACAAUAAAUAAUACCAUAGCACCGCUCCUAUGGGAGCUGCUUGAAGACGAUGCGCCUGCUUCCUUCCAGCACGUCCUCCCUCCUUGCUGGCUUUGCGACGGCUUUCUAUGCUAACAAAGGAGGGGAGGAGGGAGGGACAGGAGAGUCUUUGCAUGAAAGAAGCCCAGGCUCCCACCGAGCACUCGGAGCUACAGAGGAGAGAGGAAGAAGCAGACAGAAGCUGUAGGGCGUGUUGCGGUGGGAGGAGAAAGCCGGGUCGGCAGCUUCUAUAUACGAGGUGGUGCGGCAGCGAGCUGAGUCCAGCCUGGAGCCAUGUGGGGCUGGGGGCUGCUCUGUGCCAUUGCCCUCUGUCUGCUGCUGCAGCUGCCACGCAGCGCAGAUGCUGGUGGCACCGAGCCGCAGCCCGCCGUGCUGGUGCCGAGCUGGGACACGCUGCGGAGCCCCGACGGAGAGCAGCAUCCAUUCCGAGCUGAAGUUAGGAUACAGGCAGAAGGCCAGGAGCUCAUCUUGGACUUAGAGAAAAAUGGAGACCUGUUUGCACCAGGCUACACUGAGACUCACUACAGCCAGACAGGACGAGCACAGACCAUCCCACUGGCCCACACUGAGCACUGCUUUUACCAGGGGGUGGUGCGGGGCAGGGAGCACUCCAGUGUGACGCUCAGCUCAUGCCAAGGGCUGCGAGGCCUCAUCAUACUGAGAAGCAAUUGCAGCUAUGUCCUGGAGCCGCUUCCUGACAGCCCAGACCAGCACCGGAUCUACAGGCUGGAUGAUCUGAGGAUGCCAGCAGGAUCCUGUGGCCACCAGGACUCCAUGGCCACAGCCAGGAAUUGGCUUGGGGACUUUGCAGCUGGGGUGAAAUUCCCCAACCACAGGGUGAGACGGGAAGCUCUUCAGGCUACGAAGUACGUGGAGCUGCUACUUGUGGCUGACUAUGCAGAGGUUCAGAAGCAUCAUUUCAACAUCGAAGCAAUAAGGCUUAAAUUAGUGGAGGCUGCUAAUUACGUGGAUAAGUUUUACAGGUCCCUGAAUAUCCGGAUUGCUUUGGUGGGGCUGGAGAUCUGGAGUAAUGGGAACAAAUGUGAUUGCACUGAGAAUCCUUACUCCACCCUGAAGUCCUUCCUGGCCUGGAGCAGCAAGGAGAGGGUGUACAGAAAACAUGAUAAUGCCCAACUAAUCACGGGUGUGCCCUUCCAAGGUACCACAGUAGGUUUGGCUCCCGUGAUGUCCAUGUGCUCAGAUUUCCAGUCAGGAGGAGUAAACAUGGAUCACUCUGAUAAUGCCAUUGGUGUUGCUGCUACCAUUGCCCAUGAGAUGGGCCACAAUUUUGGCAUGAAUCACGACUCAUCCGGCUGCUGUACCACCCGUGCAGAGGAAGGAGGCUGCAUCAUGGCUUCUGCCACUGGGCACCCAUUCCCCCGGGUGUUCAACCAGUGCAACAGGAGAGAGCUGGAAAAGUAUUUGCACUCAGGUGGAGGGAUGUGCCUUUCCAACAUGCCAGAUACCAAGAGAAUGUACGGAGGGAGAAAAUGUGGAAAUGGCUACUUGGAAGAAGGGGAGGAGUGUGACUGUGGAGAGGUGGAGGAAUGCAAUAAUCCCUGCUGCAACGCCAACAACUGCUCCCUGAAGGUGGGUGCUGAGUGUGCCCACGGCAGCUGCUGUCACGAGUGCAAGCUGAUGUCUCCAGGAACUCUCUGCAGGGAAAAGUCAGGACUGUGUGACCUCCCAGAGUACUGCACUGGGCAGUCACCAUUCUGCCCCUCUAACUCCUACCAAAUUGAUGGGGCUUCCUGCGAAGGAGGAAAGGCAUAUUGCUAUAAUGGCAUGUGUCUCACAUACAAAGACCAGUGCUCGCAGCUGUGGGGGCCAGGAGCACGGCCAGCACCAGACACUUGCUUUGAGAAAGUCAAUGCUGCUGGAGAUGUCUAUGGGAACUGUGGGAAGGACGUCUAUGGCAACUACAGGAAGUGUGAGAAAAGAGAUGCUAAAUGUGGGAAGAUCCAGUGCCAGAGCUCUGCUUCCAAACCUGUGCUGCCCAAUGCCGUGCCAAUAGACACAACUAUCUCCCUGCAGAGGACGCAGGUGAGAUGCCGAGGGACCCACGUGUACAGAUUUGAGAAUGAAGAAAAGGAGAUGCUGGAUCCUGCCUUGGUGUUGACAGGAACAAAAUGUGGGAGCCAUCAUGUUUGCUUUGAGGGACGCUGUCAGAACACAUCCAUCAUCUUUGAGUCUGAAAGCUGUAGUGAGAAGUGCAAUGGCAAUGGGGUCUGCAACAACAACAAGAACUGCCAUUGCAAUCCGGGAUGGGCCCCCCCAUUUUGCAACAAGCAGGGAAAGGGAGGAAGCUUGGACAGUGGUCCUCCAUCACCAGAAGGCUCUUCAGCAGUAGUGAUAACUAUGGCUAUCCUGGCUGCCAUUCUUCUUCUCAUUGGAAUCAUGCUUUUGUUCUAUUAUCUGAAGUGCUGGAACAAAUUUCUCAUCUGUUCUCUAAAGAAGGCUCCGCAGAUCAGCGAUGCCUCUGGAAAUGGCCAUGCAAACCCUGCCUUCAAGCUGAGAACCCCCCAGCAGCAGAGGAAGGUGAUCAGCUUCCCUGACAUCCCAUCAAAACCUCCUCCCCAGCCAGCUCCCUGCCUCCGAAUUAACAUCCAGCAGCAGUCUGCCUUCACCAGCUACAGCUAUGGUACAGGGAGUCCUGCAGGACCAAUGCAUCCAGCACUGGCAAAGGAUGUGCCCCGGCGGGCACCCCCAAGCAGGCCAGCACCUCCAGCUCCCACAUCCCCCUGCUCUCAGGACAUUUCGAGGCCCCGGCCACCCCAAAGAGCUUUGCCAGCCAAUCCAGUCCCAAGCAGAUCCAGAGCACAGCCUGGGGACAACCCUGCCAUCCCAUUGCCUCCUGCUCGGCCCAGGAUCCCAGGACAAGUCCAGCCUGCAGCAGAGAACACUGGUGUGAGGACAGCUGGAACAGCAAACACAUUGAGAAGAGGACAGCCAGGUUUCAGUGCACACCCAUGAGUUGUUCUAUACUCUUCUGGCUCUGACCUUCAUGAGGGACUGGAUGGUCUUCAUCACUCAGAAAAACUUUCAUCAGCCGUGGGUUGUUUUCUACUUAGCCUUAUCUGUUUCCUAUGUGACUCAAGAGGCUGCAGGCAGGCUUGGUAGGAGUGCACCCAGGAAGCAAGCCGGUACAUACCAAGCUGAAACCUCCUCUCUCUGCUAAUAGCCUUUUCCUUCUAGGGACAAUUUGUUUAUGUGGUAUUUAUAUAUUAUUGUGCAAUAUUCAAUGCAGGGAUGGGGCAAUGUGGGCUUCACGUGUUUUUUUAGCAGUUAUUUAAGUGUUUCCAGGCAGUGCAGGUGAUGGCCUUGAUAGGCUUUCAUCGAUGAACUAGCCCUAUUGGCUUCCUCAGCCCAUCCAGGCAGCUGCAGGAGCAAUCAGUGGUGCUAUAGAGAAGCAGCUGUCUCUUGGGAGACCAGGAGGCAGCUGCUGAUAAUUUUCCUCAAUCACAGUUUACAGUGGCCAGCAAGCUGGGCCACAACAGAGAGCAAACCAUGGAAAUAUUCCUGGUUAAAGUCACUCUGGAUUUUGGUUAAUUUUAAUAGAACGCAUUAAUUAUUUUCUCCAUAAAACUUUCUGCAGCAAGUGCUCUGCAAGCUGUCAGUCCUCCAGCACUCCUUGUCUUUGUGCUGUAGAUCCUGACAGCAUCCCCAGCACUGUCUGUGUGUUCUCACCUGUGUCACUGGGACACAGCCAAGGUACGACAGGGACACUCUCCCCCCCAAGAAAUGGAGCCAAUGGCCAGAAGGAAGUUUAGCAACUUAGUGCUGAAAUCUCCUCCAAACCACAUGGUACCACAGGAAAUCAACAGGCACUUUUGUGUGCAUCCCCUCAGGCUUUUGGUCUAUGCUGAGCAGUAAUUCAGCACGAGCCAACUACUCCUCACACCACUAAGAAACCUGCUCUAAUGCUGACCAGGUGGUAAUACAGCAGAAAUAAUAAUGACACAUGGUGCUUUUGUAGUGCAGCUUUGCUUACUCCAGGUUUUGUUUUUUCCCUCAAGGACUUGGAUGGAGGGAGCUGUCUGUGUGCACUUUAAGCAGCUGAUUGAUAGCUCUGACCCUCAGGACCUUCCCUUGUGAAUUUGUUGCUUUUAUUUUCUCCUAAUGAUUUGACUUUCUUACAUUUUUUUUUCUUUUUACUUAAAAUAAGACUUUUUUAUGCCUUUUUUAUUUUUUAAUAAUUAUUUCCUUUUAUUAUUUCCUCCUGGGAGAACACAUGGAAUUCUGGAGCUAUGGUCACAAUAACACUGUGUUGCAUCUGAUACUUCAUGGUCAGCUCCUCAAGCAGUGUAAUUGGUGCUGCACAUGUGAAAAACUGUAUCAUUGGCUUAAAGAAAAACAUUCUUGUUCUGCUGGUUGUGUUUUCCCUAAGUACCGCUAUUUAGGAAAAACAAAACCAACAAUGGCCAAAGCCUGAGCGCUCAUUAAGCUAUACACAGCAGUAUAGCUAUAGGAUGAUUGAAAACACAUCAGUUUUUGCAACUUUACUACCUCUUUCUUCACAAGGAAGAAGUACACAGGGUCUGCCUUGAAUUACUGGUUAAUUAUUCAUUACCUUGAUCAUUUUGGCCCUUUUCUUACCUUCUGUAUGCCUGGAAAACAAAACAACCUAAAUUACUCCUCUCUGAAAUAAGGGAUGGCAAAAAGACAUUGCCUUUCUAAUAUCAAUAUAUGCAUAUUCUUUUUCUAUAGGUGGGGUAUUUUGCAUAUAAACAACCCUCCAAAUGUGUUAUUUUACUGCUCAUAGGACACCUGAUUUGCAGUAACCUGGGUACAUACGGUGCUUUCUGUAGUACAGGUUCAAACACAAGAACUCUGUCUGCAUAAUCAGCCCUUGGUCUUUAUCAAAUGAGCACCAAAAAGAAAGUUUUCAGUGCAUUUCAUGUGAGCAUGGGCUCAAGCUUUAAAAAAUCUCCCCAGGCCCACAAAGUUAAUGGAAAUCCUAAUGGAAUCAAUCCUUUGUUACUGGAAUAUCAUAAAAUCUCCAUAAGGUAUGUUUAAAUCCUUCUACAUUUUCAGGUGUAUACCAGAUGAGUGCAUGAUAAUGGGAACUGCAGGAGGAGUAAAAGCUGCUAAAAUAUGGUAUUUUUUUAAAGGCAAUGUUACUUGGAAGAACGUAUACAAAAAUACAUCUCACUUUCUUCUAUGUCCGCGUACUAAAGGUUUACAGCAGUACUCUCUGUGCAUCUAUGCAAAUACUUGAAUGCCAUUUGUUGUGCCUUUUGCCUAGUUUUUAAUAAAUUGGUCAGGUUGUCAUUAA